AUGGGUAUUAUCGACAAGAUCAAAGCCAUUGAAGAAGAAAUGGCCAGGACCCAAAAGAAUAAGGCCACAGAACAUCAUCUGGGUCUUUUGAAGGGUAAAUUGGCUAGAUAUAGGCAACAACUGCUAGCUGAUGAAGCUGGUAGUGGCGGUGGAGGGGGAUCUGGUUUUGAAGUGGCAAAAUCAGGUGACGCCAGAGUUGUUCUAAUAGGUUACCCCUCCGUUGGUAAAUCCUCCUUAUUAGGUAAAAUUACUACCACUAAAUCUGAGAUUGCUCAUUAUGCUUUCACGACAUUAACAUCCGUCCCUGGUGUAUUGAAAUACCAAGGCGCUGAAAUUCAAAUUGUGGAUCUUCCAGGUAUUAUUUAUGGUGCUUCGCAAGGUAAAGGUCGUGGUAGGCAAGUUGUUGCCACGGCAAGAACUGCCGACCUAGUAUUAAUGGUUUUAGAUGCUACGAAAAGUGAACAUCAACGAGCAUCUUUGGAGAAGGAGUUGGAAAAUGUAGGGAUCAGGUUAAAUAAGGAGAAACCAAAUAUUUACUAUAAGAAAAAGGAAACUGGUGGCGUCAAAGUUACAUUCACCUCCCCUCCAAAGACCAAUCUAACCGAACAAGCAAUCAAAAUGAUUUUGAGAGAUUAUCGUAUCCAUAAUGCAGAAGUUCUAGUAAGAGAUGAUGAAUGUACAAUUGAUGACUUUAUUGAUGUUAUUAACGAACAACAUAGAAAUUAUGUCAAAUGUCUUUAUGUGUAUAAUAAGAUAGAUGCGGUAUCAUUAGAAGAGGUGGAUAAACUUGCCAGAGAACCGAACACUGUCGUUAUGUCCUGUGAAAUGGAUUUGGGAAUACAAGACGUCGUUGAAGAAAUUUGGUACCAACUGAACCUGAGUCGUGUAUAUACAAAGAAGAGAGGUGUUAGACCGGUAUUUGAUGAUCCUCUUGUGGUGAGGAAUAAUUCUACUAUUGGCGACCUAUGUCAUGGUAUCCACAGAGAUUUCAAAGAUAAGUUCAAAUAUGCAUUGGUCUGGGGUUCUUCUGCUAAACAUUCUCCUCAGAAGUGCGGGUUAAACCACAGGAUCGAUGAUGAAGAUGUAGUUUCUUUAUUUGCGAAAUGA